GUUUUAGAAUUUAAAGAAGCGUUUAGUUUAUUUGAUAAAGAUGGUGAUGGUACUAUAACUACUAAAGAAUUAGGUACUGUAAUGAGAUCUCUAGGUCAAAAUCCAACCGAAGCAGAAUUACAAGAUAUGAUUAACGAAGUCGACGCAGACGGAAACGGAACGAUAGAUUUCCCAGAGUUUUUAACAAUGAUGGACAGAAAAAUGAAUAACGCAGAUUCAGAAGAAGAAUUAAGGGAAGCCUUUAAAGUUUUUGAUAAAGAUGGCAAUGGGUAUAUUAGUGCGUCAGAAUUGCGACACGUUAUGAUCAAUUUAGGAGAAAAGUUAACCGACGAAGAAGUGGACGAAAUGAUCCGCGAAGCUGAUAUAGAUGGUGAUGGACAAGUGAAUUAUGAAGGUAAGAUCAAGGUCGUCGCAGUCUUUGUAUUUGUUUACGAAUUUUCAGGCCAAUCUGUGGGCUUCUGA